CAGGAGCAGCAGCCCCGAGAUGUACUGCCCAGAGAACUUUUCUGUGUGGUGCAUAGAUCCUUCACAGAGGGGGAGGAAGGAAAGCUAAAACAGUCUUUGCUUUAUCAGUAAGAGACAAGGCUUUCCGGGUAAUUUUGGUUGGGUAGGGAUCAAUGCCUGGGGGACAAGUUAGGAGAGAAGCAGCGACACAGCUGUCUCAGCGGACCGGGGCGCUCACUGCAGUCAGGCCGGCACCACAGGAGCAGCCGCCGACUCGCUCCAGGCCUGCAGCUCUGCGGGCGGAGGCCACGCGGCCAGGUUGCCCUGCACGAGAUAGUCGGGUACCCACCGGGACUCACACUGGUGGCUUCUCUCCUCCACGGCACUGUGGCGUCCACGGAAGGCGUCCCCUUGGCCGGUCCCGACACUGGAAGUCAGCCCUCCACCACGUCUUUGUUCUUCAAAGCUUCCACUGUGCAUGUUCAAAACUUUCUAGAUGAGCAUAAGGAUUUGAAGGACACUUACUCUGUAUAAAGGAAACAAACUGCGGAAUCCACACAUUACUACAAAGCAGGCCGCUUGGACAUCGGUCUUCCCUCUGAAUAAGGGCGUUCUGGCUGUCAGUCCCAAGACUCUGGCUGAGGUCACAUGGAGGAGUGGAGCGGGAGCGUCCUGUCUCCACACCUGCAGUCCCUUGGCUGCUCUUCUGUGCGGCUACCCAGUGAGGAACAGGCCAGAAGGACAGCAUGGAGGAGAGGAGAGGCCAUGGAAUAUCCACCCGCUGAUACUCAUCCCCGGGAUAGCUGAGAAGUAUCUGAAUGCUUCUGCAGUCCUGAAGGUUGAUGGAGGGCCAUGCUAUUCAAACAGCAGGUGUGGCUGAGACAGAAGCUCCUGGUGCUGGGAAGCCUCGCUGUCGGGAGUCUCCUGUAUCUAGUUGCCAGAGUUGGGAGCUUGGAUAGGCUACAGCCCGUGUGUCCCAUCGAAGGCCGGUUUGGUGGAACCCGCAGUCAGGCUGAAUUCCCACUUCGUGCCCUGCAGUUUAAGCGUGGCCUGCUGCACGAGUUUCGGAAGGGCAACACGUCCAAAGAGCAGGUUCACCUCCAUGACCUGGUCCAGCAGCUCCCCAAGGCCAUCAUCAUUGGGGUGAGGAAAGGGGGCACACGGGCCCUGCUGGAGAUGCUCAACCUCCAUCCGGCAGUGGUCAAAGCCUCUCAAGAAAUCCACUUCUUUGACAACGAUGAGAAUUAUGCCAAGGGCAUUGAGUGGUACCGGAAAAAGAUGCCUUUCUCAUACCCUCAGCAGAUCACAAUUGAAAAAAGCCCAGCAUAUUUUAUCACUGAGGAGGUUCCGGAGAGGAUUUACAGAAUGAACUCAUCCAUCAAGUUGUUGAUCAUUGUCAGGGAGCCAACCACAAGAGCUAUUUCUGAUUAUACUCAGGUGCUAGAAGGGAAGGAGAGGAAAAACAAGACUUAUUACAAGUUUGAGAAGCUGGCCAUAGAUCCUAACACCUGUGAAGUGAACACAAAAUACAAGGCAGUAAGAACCAGCAUCUACACAAAACACCUGGAAAGGUGGCUGAAAUACUUUCCAAUCGAGCAGUUUCAUGUCGUGGAUGGAGAUCGCCUCAUCACAGAGCCUUUGCCAGAACUUCAGCUCGUGGAGAAGUUCCUAAAUCUUCCUCCAAGAAUAAGUCAAUACAAUUUAUACUUCAAUGCUACCAGAGGGUUUUACUGCUUACGAUUUAAUAUUAUCUUUAAUAAGUGCCUGGCAGGCAGCAAGGGGCGCAUUCAUCCAGAGGUGGACCCCUCUGUCAUUACCAAAUUGCGCAAAUUCUUUCACCCUUUUAAUCAAAAAUUCUACCAGAUCACUGGAAGGACAUUGAACUGGCCCUAAAAUAAUAUGUCACACAACACUAUGUGUUGUGCCCAGAAUCCCACGAUAUCUCUUCUAGAUUAAGAUAUGCACUUUCCUAGACACAGCUAUACAAGUUAUUUUCCGUGUAUCCUUGUACAUAUGCAGUAUGUGACCAAAUAUAAGAUCAGUUCUUUCUCUACUGAAAAUUUACAAAAAAAAAAUUUAAAUUGCUUUCCGCAUAGUUGCAUCUUCUAAGCUAUUUACAGGAAUAGAAGAGGUGGUGGUAGAGGAAGAACGUGACUUCAGCUAUUCUCAAAGAGUUAGUCUUCCUUUGAUUCAGAACUUGUCACCCGCCAUUUUCAUAGAUUUAAGCCAAAAGAAGGAUGUGUGAAAAUGUACCAAUGGCUGUGAAGCUUCAGGAAGUAGAGGAUUCAGUUAUGCAUUUUUUUUUCUAAGAAAAAGAAAGCUGGCUCUAUAAUUCAGGUCCUGAAUUGGUGCCAGGAAAACAGAAAAUGCUAUUUUCUUAUUAUUUAAAAGAAUGUCCUAUCUCAUAAAAUUGACAUUGUUCCAAAGUCCCCAUAGUGAUUUUGCACUACUGUUUUCUCAAGCAGACCAUGGCAUCACAGGCAGCCUGUCAGUCACAUGUUGGAAAGUCAAGUCCUUUUACUCCCUUGUUCCAUGCCAACAAAGAGAAAUGCCGUGUACAUAGUGUAUAUUGUUGUAAAUACUGGUUUCACACUAAGUAAUUCUAUUUUGUAAACUGAAUAUGACUAUUUAAUUUAUUGUGAAAAUUAAAAUUAUUGUGGUAUUUAAAAUGGAAUGGAUUAAAAUUACUCUAUGUGCAACUUUUUUUAAAAGCUCAUUUUGUUUUACUUGUCCCCUCCUGGCUUCCAGAGUGGAAGCUGAUUGUGCGCAUCCGAGGGUUCAUGCAAAGAUUCAUUUCUCUGCUGCAUUUCCAUACCCUUGUGAAAUGUGUCUGUGAAGAGAAGUUGAGUAUAUUUUUUUAAACCUAAACCAUCUGGAAAUCAAGUAACAGCAGCCACCCCAGAAAAACCCUGUGCUGCUCUGCUACAACUUUCUUCAAAUUAAUUUACUUGCAGUAUUGCUGCUGUGCCAGAGGGAGCCAAGGAAUGCGUUAGCAGAAUCAAAGUGGAGAAUCAUGAUUUUAUCUGAACUCCUAAUCAGAGUCAGACCAGCAGAGAAAUUAAAUAAAAUAACAUUAGAAAACUUGUGUGGCCUCUGUACUGAAAGCUGCUGAUGUUUCAAAGGUGAAUGGAGGUUCUCAGAAGUCUCUGUUAGAUGAAAAUACAUCAGUCUGCUCAGACACUACGUAAUAGUGUCUCUCUGCCUAACAUAAGCGUGUGGCUCAUGUAUCCAACCAGAGGAAUCAGUGCUAACUUAGGUGCCUGUCGACAUUGGGUGCACUAUGUUAUGCUUAAAUACAAGUCAGAAAAACGCAAAGAGGUAUAACAACACCACAAAGGCAGUUUUCACAGUCAUACUUGCUAACCAGGUCAGGGAGACUUGGGAGGGUGCUGUUU